AAUGACAAUAUAGAUGAUGUGCCACCACUAUCAGACUAUCCAGUAGGAGCUUACAACAUUAAUGUGAAUGCCAUAAAGAGAAUGGAGAUUUUGGUUCUUGUUGAUUUCAACUGGAAUAUGAAUUGUGUGACUCCUUUUGAUUUCAGAAUUUUUUUCGUAUCGAGAUUCUGCAGAGAUGUUACAAGAUUAGACAUAACUAGAAUAACAACUGCUCGAAUCAUCAUGAGUGCUUUAAGAGAUUUGAGGUUAAUGAAUCAUAGACCAUCUGUAGUAGCAGCAGCUGCAACAUUAGUAGUAGUAAACAGAAAUUUCACCAUACAAGAAUUGGUUAUUGAGAUAAAUGCUUUGCCUAUAAAUGGAUUUCUUCAAAUUGUUGAUGUGAGUUACUGCUACAAUAGAAUGCUAGAGCUGAACAUUUGAGGAUGAUGACAAACAAUCCUAGCAGCUUUUGAUGCAGCACCCGUCUCGGAUUCUUCAAAUAUACACUACUGGCGAAUUCGACACAAACCCGAUGGCAUUUUUGAAAAGUCCGAACAACAUUGCCCAGCAGAAGAAAUAUUAGUGAGAUUGUUAUUAGCUUCUUUUUGUUAGAUAAACAAAUAGGGGAUUCAUUGAUUGUUGGUAGAUGUUGAACUGAUUCAUUGUUAGUACUAGUAAUAUUUUAGUACAUGUAUGGUUCUUCUCUCUAUCUCUCUGUUAAUAAUACCUCAAGAGAAC